GAUGGCUGAUAUCUUUGGAGUACCAUAUAGACAAUAGAUCACUUUAGAUGAAAAAGUUUAAAAGUCUGUUCUUGGUGGAAUAAGUUCCUUGAUUUUAAUCUUAAUUGGUUUUGGUUACUUGAUUUAUGUUAUGAAUGAAUGGAUUAAUUUCAAUAUAUUACCUAAAUCAUCUAGCACUAUGAAGGUUGAUAAUUAUUCAUAAAUAUUAUUUGAUAAUGAAUAGCUUUUUGAAUUUUGUUAUUGGAAAUAUGAUCAAUCUUAAAUUGAUCCUUUUAGAAUGAAACGUAAUAUAUUAACUCCAGUUGGAAUCUAUUUCAUAGAUGGUAUUCCCCAAAAACCCUUUUCAUUAUUAACAGAAAAUUAAAAACAAUCUAUAUAUAAUACUACUCUCAUGAGUAUUAACAAUUUAUAAUUAAUUCAAAAUAGUAAUUUCAAUAAAGAAUUGAAUGCUACUAAAGAACUAAUGAUUGUAAUAACAUCUUGUAAUUAAACUUUGAUGAAUGAAGGUUAUGAAUGUGCAUCAGAAGAAGAGAUUCAAGAUUUCUUUAAGUCAUCAGUUAAUUAUAUAAGUUUCUGGUUGAAUUUGAAAUAAUAUGAUCCUUAUACUCAAUCAUUUGAAGUAGUGAAGAAAUAGUAUUACAUGUCUUUUGAUUAUGAGAUUGCACAAUAAGGCUAAUUGAUUCUUACAUAAACAAAGGCUACAAUUGAUACAGGAAUUCUCUUUGGAAAAUUCUACUCUAAAAGCUAUGUAUACAAUGCUUAACUAGUUACAAGUGCAACAUCUAAAAACUUUUGGUAGACUUUAUUAGUUUAAUAAUCAUAUUUCAAUUUGUUCAUACGAUUAGAUCCAAUGUCGUAUGACACUUAAAUUGUUUAUCCAAAAUUAGGAGAAAUUCUAGCUUAAGUUGGAUCUAUAAUAAGUAUGUUAAUGAUCAUCCAAUAUGCUAUAUAACAUUAUAAUGAACGUAUUUUGGAUUGCGAUUUUAUAGAUAAAGUCUUAAAGUUUUAUUUUAUUGAUUAUGUUUAUUUAAAGUAAUCAAAAAAUAAAUUAGAUAAAGAAACAUGUUAAGAAUUAAUUUAAUCAGCAAAGAAGAAAUUAGUUUACACAAAUAUCAUUUAUGAGUUAUCAAGAAUACAAUUAUUUUUAUUAUAUCAUUUUGGACGGACUCCAUUAGAAUAAACACAUAAUCUUGGUCUAUAUGCUAAAGGUGAUUUCAAGCCAAGUUGUGAUUUAUAUGAUAAAUUCAUUACGAUUCCUAAAAAUGAAACUUAGUAACAAUAAAUACAUUUUGAUAAAGCAGAUUUUAAUUUAUUAUGUAGAGCAAAAUCGAAAACAAUGAUUUUAGGUGGCAAUAAUAAUAAUAAUUAUUAAGGUGAUUCAGCAGCCUUGGAUAAAAUUUUUUCAGAGGUCAAAAGUUCUUCAUUAAAGUCAAUUUAAACAUGA